AUGGAUGGGCGUGGCCCCCAGCCCUUCCCCCCGGGGGAAUUUUGUGUGGGCGCGGCCUCCCGGGGUCACUGGGCUGCAUCUCCUGUUUUUGGGGCCUCAGCGGGGACAGUGGGGGGAUGGAGGGGGCUCCCCAAAAUCAGAGGCCUCCCCCAAACUGGGGGGGUCACAAGACCCCUGCUCAUCCUCAUCCUGCUCCUCGCAGGCUCCCAGUGCUCCCAGACCCCCCCUGAAGGCUGCGCCUCGUGCCCGACCCCCUCCCUGCCUCCCUCCCCGGAGCCCCCCGAGACGCCGACCCCUGUGAUCGUGACCACCGGGAGCCCCCCGACCCCCUCCUGCUCCCCGGCCCCACCCCGGGGGUGGCUCCGGGUGUGGGGGGGGCCCCCCUCCCGCGAGGGGCGCGUGGGGACCCCCCUGACCCUCGAGUGCCACUUCCGAGGCCCCCCCGACACCGCCCUGACCUGGCUCCAGGCGUGUCCCCCCGGGCUCGGGGAGGUCCCCCGGAGCUGCCCCUGGCCCCAGGAGGUGGUGGCCACCCGGGGGGGCCGCCGGAUGGACCGGGUGGUGCAGGAAGGGGGGGGAAGCUCCACCCUGACCUUCCCCAAACUGUCCCACAACGACUCCGGGCUCUUCUUCUGCCGCGUGGAGUCCGGGGGGGAGACGGCCCAGAGCUGCGGCACCUUCGUCAGGGUCCUCGGUGAGUGGGGGGCGCGGGGGGGUCUCAGCCAGGUCACUCGGCCCCUCCCGGUGCCCCCAGCAUGGCCCUCCCAGUAUAACCCAGUGCCCUGCACUCCCUCCCAGUAUACCCCAGUCCCUCCCAGUGUAACCCAGUCCCUCCCAGUAUACCCCAGUCCCUCCCAGUUACCCAGUCCCGUUCCCGCAGAGCCAGUUCCCGCCCCGUUCCUGGCGCUGAGGGAGAGCACCAAGAACCGGAUCCUGACGGCGCAGGGGGUGCUACUGCUGCUCUGCUCGGCCGGGCCGGGGCUGCUGCUGCUGCUCAGGAAGCGCUGGGCCAACGAGCAGCUGCUGCACCCCGAAAAAACCACAUGCGAGGAGGAAAACCUCUACGAGGGGCUGAACCUGGACGAGUGUUCGAUGUACGAGGACAUUUCCCGGGGGGUCCAACCCACCUACCAGGACGUGGGGACCCUCCCCGGCGACUCCCAGCUGGAAAAGCCCUGAGGGACCCCCCGAAAAAGGGGGGUGGGACCCCCUGGGAAGGGGUUUGGGAUCCCCUGGCUCUGCUUGGCCCCCCCAAUGCUCUGCUCUGGUGACACAAGGCCAUGCUGACCCCCCCCAAAAUAAAGCUGCUGCACUGCCGGA